AUGGCGGACAAGCGAGCGAGCGCAAGCUCAUCCCAGCAAGUGACCAAGCGAGCCCGAGUAGAAGAUGAAGAUGCCAGCAAUGCUCAGUCCAUGAUCGUCGCCUCCGAUGGCAGAUCAGGCACAAAGUCGCAGCAACUGAUCCGCACCGUUCAACGAACGUCAGCUCUCAAGGCACCCAUCAUGUGUCUCGAGGGACAUGCUGCGGAAGUGCUUGAUGUCAAGUUCAACCCGACUGGCGAGAAAUUAGCGAGCGUGUCGGCUGACCGCACCAUCAACUUAUGGAACGUCUAUGGCGACUGCGAGAACUACGGCGUCUUUCGACUCAAGUCUGCCGCAGUCACGAUAGAAUGGUCGCCCAACCCGAGCUCUCAUCUCAUUGUCUGCUCUUGUGCAGAUGGGACUCUCAACUCGUUCGAUGCCGUCAGCGGAGAGCGCUUGAAGCGGCAUCGAGCUCAUACUGGCGUCGUCAAUGCUAUCGAUAUCACUCGCGGCACUGGCCUGGAACGUAUUGUAUCAGGCGGCGACGAUGGCUUCGUGCGAGUGUGGCUCGUAGAGACAAAAGAGAGCAUAGAAGAAAUCGAUAUGGGCUAUCCUAUUACAGCUGUUCGCUGGUCACAAGAUAGCCAACAGAUCUACAUUGGCGGCAUCGACAACGACAUCCAUGUGUACGACUUGAGAAAGUCGGAGAUUGCGUUCACCCUCAGAGACCAUUCGGACACCAUCUCCGGCCUGUCUCUAUCUCCCCAAGGCUCUCAUUUGCUGUCUAGCUCUUUUGACAAUACUUGCAAGGUCUGGGACGUCAGGCCCUUUGCGCCCAUCACCAAUGUAGACGAUCCAUCACAGAACCCGAGAUUGACAAGGACGCUCUACGGUGCACCUGCCGGCCACGACCAGUACUUGCGCAAGCCCUGCUGGGACUCAACCGGCAAGCGCUGCGCAAUCGGCGCGGCAGACCGUACUGUCGUCAUCUGGAAUGUUGCUUCGGGCGAAGUGGCAUACAAAUUGCCUGGACAUGCCGGCACGGUCACUUCAGUCGAUUGGUUACCGAAUGCGCCUGUCAUCGCUUCGUCAAGUACGGACAAGAAGAUCUACUUGGGCGAAACGGAUCCUGCAAAGUGA